UACACCGAUGUGGACUGAUUUCUCAACUAUCGUGCAGUUUAUGGUAUCGCAAUUAUCUUCCAUCCGCAAUUUCUCUAAAAGAUGAUUAAUGUUUAUGAUUUUUGAAAGCCGAAAUUAUCUUGAAAUUAUGGGGAAAGUUGAAGAUCGACGCUCAAAACGCUCAAAACGCCAAAAGCCAGCCAGAUUUGCUUCUCCUACAGAUUCAUCUGUGGCAACCAAUAACGAGCCACCGCCAAACCUCGCUCAAGAGAUUCAAAAAUCUUUCCCGCCUGUGGAACAUUCUAUAAAAAGGGAGGCCCAGACUCGAAAUGUGAAUAUCAUUGAUUUUGUAAAUAAUCGCACAAGACCGGCGAACACAAAAAAAACGGUGCAGGCCUCAACAUCGCCUAGUAAUGCAAUGAAGAAGAUUAAACGACGACGAAACAGUGAUACUUCUAGUGAUGAAGAACGCUGGCUUAAUGCCAUUGAAACUGGGAAGCUAGACGAUGUCGAUGAAGAGUUAAAAAAAAUUAAAGACCCCAAAUUAAUGACAGCUCGUCAACGAGCUAUGUAUGAACGGACACAAGAUGCUGAUACUAAUAUGAUUGGAUUUGUUGAAGAACUGAUUGCACUACCCAGUGGAUAUAAGGAAAAGGAAAAACCUCAAACUGCGGAAGAAAUCCAAAAAGCAGCUUUAAAGUCACAAAAACGUAAGCAACAGGCGGAUGAACGUCGCGAAAAAGAUAAACAAAAAACCAUGGAUCGCUUGCUGAAGAAACAGGAGAGCAGUAAACAACGCUCCGGCGUUCGUAACAAGCAAACACAAAAGCCUUCGCACCCAAAACUUACAUAUAUGAAUACUAUUGAAGGUUCCUACAUCUUGGUACCUCCAGGUCAUGAGUUUCCCAUGGAAGCAAAAGUAUCACGCCCUCCGCCACCAGCUCAGUUUUGCUGCAUUAGUGAUUGCAAAAAUCGUAAGGCAUAUUCCUGCUCCAAAACCAAUGUUCCCCUUUGUAGUCUAGUUUGCUACCGUAAGCAUCUAACAGCCGCAAAACUAGAACAAAAAAAUCCAAACCGUAUUGUUUAAAUGUUUUUAUACAGCUGUUUUUAUUGAUUCAAUAAAAAAUUAUUUAUGAU